AAACACCGUUCAUUAAAAAGAAAGAAAAGAAUAAAAAAAAAGAAAAAGAAAAAAUAGGGGAAUUAUGGAAGGUGGAAUUAGAGUGAGGAGGAGGGACUGUUGUGAUUUUGCCUUUUCCUAUUUUUUGUUUGUUCUUUUAUUAUUAUUCGGCUUCUUAUUCUUUCUUCGUAAUCCAAUUGACAUUUAUUGUUAUUGGUUGUAUUUUUAUUUGAUAUUCGAUGAUGAUAAUUCUUCCGCUAUUAGCUUCCUUGACUUUUACGUAUUCAGUCUUCGGAAGGAGUUUUGGAGAGAGAUAAAAUAAUCGUGUUGUUUGGGGGUUUGGAGGCCUGGGGAGUUCUUUUUUGGAUCCGUGUAAUUUCUAGGGUUGCCAAGGGGCGGUCGCUUUGCGAUCUCGAUCGUCGUCUUCCAUGGAGGCCGCGUCUGAAGGAGAAGAUCGGAACCAGAGCAAUGAUCACAAUAAUAACAAUAGUAACAGCAAAUUCGGUAAUUCCAGUGAAGGGCAAAGCAAGCCCAAGCGCCAGAUGAAGACCCCCUUUCAGCUCGAAACCCUCGAGAAAGCCUAUGCCAUGGAGACGUACCCGUCGGAGGCAACGAGGGUGCAGCUGUCGGAAAAAUUGGGGCUUUCGGAUCGCCAAUUGCAGAUGUGGUUUUGUCACAGGAGGUUGAAGGACAAGAAGGAUGUUCCCGCCAAGAGGCCUCGUAAAACGGCGGCGGCGGCUUUGCCGGAGUCUCCUGUGGAUGAGUUGAGGGCGGGUGAGCCAGGUAGUGACUACGGGUCUGGUUCGGGCUCGGGUUCGAGCCCAGUUGGCCGUUUGGAGUUUCGGAAUGUGGGGACAAGGAAUGUGGUAGAUGAUGUGCCAAUGGUUAGGAGGUAUUACGAGUCACCGCAGUCGGUAUUGGAGCUCAGAGCCAUUGCCUGUGUGGAGGCGCAGUUGGGGGAGCCAUUGAGGGAGGAUGGGCCCAUUCUCGGGAUUGAGUUUGAUCCGUUGCCGCCAGACGCAUUCGGGGCACCUAUAGCUGCAGUUCCAGAGCAGCAGAAGCGGCCAGGACAUCCUUAUGAGGGCAAAUUAUAUGAGCAACGUGAUGCCAAGUCAUAUAAAGCUACUGCAAGGGUGCUUCGUGAAUAUCCAUUUCUUCCAGACCAGCCUGGUAUUAGAUCUGAUGCAUUUGGACAAGUUGCCCAAUCUCAUUUUCAUGACUCAAUGGCUGAUGGUCCAACUGCCAGAACUUCAUCAUUUAUGCUUGGAAAUGAACAAUUGCCCAGGGUUCAUGGUGUCCAAGGUCACACAUCUCGUGUUCGUCAUUCGUCUCAGCAAGACAGGCAGGGACUUGCCUUAUCAUCACCUCCCAGGGAUGAUGACCGACUCCCAGAAAGGGAGUCCCUUACAAAUGUUAGAAUUAAUUCUCAGUUUAGUGAUCAUCCAAUUAUUGGACCAGAAGAUUCAUGUGUAGCAUCUGAUGGGCAAAUCUUUCAGAAUGAUGCUAUUUUAAGGAAGGAGAGGAAACGCAAGAGUGAAGAUGCUGCUAGUGUUGCAAGAGAUGUUGAAGCACAUGAGAUUCGGAUGAGGAAAGAGCUUGAGAAACAAGAUAUUCUGAGGCGAAAGAGUGAAGAAAGAAUGAGGAAAGAAAUGGAAAAACAAGACCGGGAAAGAAGGAAGGAAGAAGAGAGGCUUAUGCGUGAAAAGCAGCGAGAAGAGGAGAGAUCAAAGCGUGAGCAAAGACGUGAAAUUGAACGAAGGGAAAAAUUUUUGCAGAGAGAAUAUUUAAGAGCUGAGAAAAGGAGGCAAAAAGAAGAGCUCCGCAAAGAGAAAGAAGAAGUAAGACGCAAAGCUGCCAUUGAGAAGGCUACUGCACGAAAAAUAGCUAGAGAAUCUAUGGAGCUUAUUGAGGAUGAACAGCUGGAACUGAUGGAACUAGCUGCUGCAAGCAAGGGUUUAUCCUCGAUGAUUCAUCUCGAUCAUGACAGUUUGCAAAAUAUUGAAUCAUUCAGAGGUUCUUUGAGUGAUUUCCCACCUAAGUCUCUGAAAUUGAAAAAACCGUUUGCGAUUCAACCCUGGAUCAAUUCAGAGGAGAAUAUUGGCAACCUUCUGAUGGUCUGGAGAUUUUUAAUUACUUUUGUUGAUGUUCUCAAGUUAUGGCCGUUUACUCUUGAUGAGUUUGUUCAAGCCUUUCAUGACUAUGAUUCAAGGUUGUCGGGUGAGAUACAUGUUGCUCUUCUUAAGUUGAUAAUAAAAGAUAUUGAAGAUGUUGCAAGGACACCUUCUACCGGAUUAGGAAUGAAUCAAAACGGUGCUGCUAACCCGGGAGGUGGACAUCCACAUAUUGUUGAAGGGGCAUAUGCAUGGGGCUUUGAUAUACGGAACUGGCAGCGGCACUUAAAUCCACUGACGUGGCCUGAAAUAUUUCGGCAAUUAGCACUUUCUGCUGGAUUUGGACCACAGUUGAAAAAAAGGAGUAUCACGUGGUCAUACCUGCAUGAGAAUGAUGAGGGUAAAGGUUGUGAAGAUAUAAUUUCUACUCUCCGUAAUGGUUCAGCAGCUGAAAAUGCAUUUGUGAUAAUGCAAGAAAAAGGUUUAUUACUUCCGCGAAGAUCUAGGCAUCGCUUGACUCCUGGAACUGUCAAAUUUGCUGCUUUUCAUGUUCUUUCACUAGAGGGAAGCAAGGGAUUAACGGUAUUAGAACUUGCAGACAAGAUUCAGAAAUCUGGACUUCGGGACCUGACAACAAGCAAGACGCCGGAGGCUUCAAUUUCUGUUGCUUUGACAAGGGAUGCUAAGCUUUUCGAAAGAAUAGCUCCUUCAACAUAUCGUGUGCGUGCUGCUUACAGGAAGGAUCCUGCUGAUGCUGAGGCAAUACUUUCAGCUGCCAGAAAGAAAAUUCAGAUAUUUGAAAAUGGGUUUUUGGCUGAAGAAGAUGUCGAGGAUGUUGAAAGAGAAGACGCUGAGGAUGUUGAAAGAGAAGAUGCUGAGGAUGUUGAAAGAGAUGAAGACUCUGAAUGUGAUGAUGUUGAUGAAGAUCCUGAAGUAGAUGAUUUUGCCACUCCAUCAAUUGGAAACAAAACCUCCAUUCCCUACAGUGAAGUAAAAGCUUGCUUAGAAAGUGGGAAUCAAAAUAUAUGCAAUAAUGUUGCACUCGAUCUGCAAAAUAAGUUGGAGAAGGAUUUUUCAUCCAUCCCCUUGAGCAAUUCCAAAGAUGAAAACUGUCCGAGCAUUGCCACUGCACAAUAUGUUGCUGGUGAAGAUAUCAGUGCCAAUAAUCUUGAUCAAGAAAAUAUGGAGAUUGAUGAAAGCAAGUCAGGUGACUCAUGGAUUCAAGGACUUACAGAAGGAGAAUAUUCUGAUCUCAGUGUAGAGGAGCGUCUUAAUGCCCUUGUUACCUUGAUUGGUGUUGCAAAUGAAGGAAACUCUAUUCGUGGUGUACUUGAGGAUCGUAUGGAAGCAGCAAAUGCUCUUAAGAAACAAAUGUGGGCAGAAGCACAGCUAGAUAAAAGUCGCUUGAAAGAAGAGAUUAUGAGUAAAUCAGAUUUUGGCUCGUCUUUUGUGGGGAGCAAAGCUGAAACACAACCUACGAGUACUGCAGUUGGGGGAAGCCAAAGCCCAUUGCUUAAUGUUGAUGAUCAAAAUGAGGCAUCCCCUAGUACUGCUGAAAACCAAAACCUACUUGGUUCACAGAGCAUUCAGGAUCACCUCAACAUUAUGCCUACUGAAAGGACCCCUGUUGCUCAAGAUUUCUCCACGGGUCCAGAUAAUUUUCUUGUUCAGCAACUUGGAUAUGCUUCAAAAAGGACACGCUCACAAUUGAAAUCUUAUAUUGCGCACAGAGCUGAAGAGAUGUAUGUGUACAGGUCCUUGCCUCUUGGACAAGAUCGUAGACGGAAUCGAUACUGGCUGUUUGUUGCAUCUGCUUCUAGCAGUGAUCCUGGUUCUGGCAGGAUCUUUAUCGAAUUGCAGGAUGGCAACUGGAGGCUUAUUGAUUCUGAAGAGGCCUUUGAUGCUCUUUUGAUGUCUUUGGAUGCACGUGGGAUUAGGGAAUCCCAUUUGCGCUUGAUGUUGCAAAGGGCUGAGACCUCCUUUAAAGAAAAUCUUGGAAGGAAUAUGCAGUGUGCAAACACAGCAGACCGAAGUGGAAUCAGGGUUAAAAGUGAAGCUGAUGAAAUGAAUUCUAGUCCAGAUUGCCCUGUUGCUUUUGACAGUCCUAGCAGUACUAUAUGUGGUUUAAGUUCGGAUAUAUUGGAGACCUCAUCUUCGUUCCGGAUUGAGCUUGGGAGAAAUGAAGCCGAGAAGAAGGCUGCUCUGAAUAGAUAUCAAGAUUUUCAAAAGUGGAUGUGGAAAGAGUGCUUUAAUUCAUUGACAUUAUGUGCAAUGAAGUAUGGGAAAAAGAGGUGUGGACCUCUGUUGCGCGUUUGUGAUUUCUGCCUUAUUGCUUAUUCCUAUGAAGAGUCCCACUGCCUUUCUUGCCACCGGAAUUUUGAUGACAAUCUUCAGCUUUCGGAGCAUGCUGUUCAAUGUGAAGGGAAAAGGAAGUUAGAUAGUGGGAAUUUCCGUUUAUUAGAAUCUUCUCUUCCCCUCGGAAUCAGAUUGCUCAAGGCUCUAUUAGGUUUCAUUGAGGUGUCUGUCCCGCCAGAAGCUCUUCAGUCAUAUUGGAUGGAAGACCUUCGAAGAACCUGGGGUGUGAAACUGAACAUGUCAUCGACUGUCGAGGAUCUUUUACAGAUAUUGACUCUGUUUGAGAGAGUGUUGAAGCGAGACUUAUUAUCAUCGAACUUUGCAACAACAGAGGCGCUGUUGGGUUCCUGUACUCAGUCCGGGAGUGCUUUCCAUGAUUUUGCAGAUCCUAAAUCGGUUGCUUUACUUCCAUGGAUACCACAAACCACUGCAGCUGUGGCUCUGAGACUUUUUGAGCUUGAUGCGUCCAUUAUUUAUUUGAAGCCAGAGAAACCAGAGCCUUGUGAGGAAAAGGAAGUCACAGAAUUUAAUAAGCUUCCUUCAAGAUAUGCUCCUCUCAAUAAUGUGAAGGAGGUUGAACUAGCAGAACUAAACCAUUUUGAAGACAUGAUAGAAAAGAACAGUGCUGAGAUGAAAAGUACCCGUAACCGCUAUAAACGUGGGCGAGGGGGUCGUGACCAAGGACGUGGUAAAAGGUCACAGAAAAAAGUCCGCGUUUUCAAUUCUCAUGCUGGCAGGCGAAAUGUUAAGAGCAAUGAAAAUUUAAUUCAUGGACUAAGACAGCAAGGACAGAGAACAUAUAGUCAAGGGAGUGGACGGGGUCGACGAACGGUUAGGAGGAGGAGAGUAGAAAAGAGGGCUGUUGAUGAGAGGUUGCCGAACCAUAGAGCUGACUCGGAUAGCCCCAAGAGCAUUGGUGAAUCCCCAAGCAACGUGGGUGAGGAUUGGGAUGAUGAAAAAAUUAGCAUGCUCCAUAUGGAGGGUGCUGAUAAUAUUAACGACCCAGAAGAGGUGGAAUCUGAUGAUAAUGCCCAGGCAGUGGAAUAUGAUCAAGGAAACUGGGAGAUAGGGUUUACUAAUGCUUCCAAUGGGUGGAGAGGGGGUCUAGUGGAAGCGAGUGAUGAAGAUGUGGAUGCUUCUGAAGAUGAUAAUGGCAUUGAAGAGGCAGUAGAUGAAGAUUCAGAGGUAGAAGCAGAAAUGAGUGAGGGCUCUGAUGGAACAGCGAACAGGAUUGGAAACGAUGAAGGCUCAGAUUCUGCAGUUUCUGACGAUUAUAGUGAAUAAGUUACGAUGUUGAAGUGAUUCAAGUCCCAUGAUUUCUUGCUGGUGCACUUGCAGCAGUUAUAUGCAGGCUGCAUAAAAUUUUUGAUGUUGCAGCUUCAUUUGCGUCAGAACUUGUGUAUCGCGAAAGAAAAAUACAGCAUCACCCCCUCUUUUUUUUUUUUUUACCCUAAUUUAUUAUUUUGUUUCAAUUAGUGGGGUAAUAAUGAUCUUCGAAAGAGUAGUUCAGAAUUCUUAAAAUAGAGCUGUCACGAUAAUUCAUUGGUGAUGGCAAUUAGAUUCUGUAUUUUAAGCAUGAUGACAACAAUGCUUUUUAUGUUGUAUCCUAUUUUUUAAAUAUAUCAAUAGUCUGACAGGAAUCCACCAAUUUAGUUUCA